AUGCCAAUAACCUGGGCCAAUGUCAAUGACAAUACUGAUGACGAGAACAACGAAGAUAACGAGAAAGAUGUCCGAGACGCAGAGAAUCUCGCAAACAAUACCAAUGAGCAGGAGGAUGAGGACGAGGAUGGCAAGGACAAUGAGGAGGACAAUGAAUCUGACGGAGGAGACGACAGCGACAAGGAUGUCCAUGACAGCAAUCAUGACAAUAACGACAACGACUAG